AUAUAUAUAGGGUUAGUUUCUACAACAACCACUAUCUUAGAUGAAGAAUAAAGACCAACUUAUGACCAUUGGAUUACUCUAAAUCAAGGGACCAGAUUAUUCCAUUAAAAUAAUUUUCGUGAAUUUCAAAAAGCUGAAAUUUAUUCUGAAUUAAGGUAUAAGGGUAAACAAGUCAUGACAAAUUCUAUGUUUUUGGUAAGUUUAUGAAAUCCCUUAAUUCACGCCCUUCCUUUCUGAGAUGAAAUCAAUGGCGAGAUUUUUUGGGUUUCUGGUGAAUCCUAUAGUUGAACAGAAGAUUAGAAUUGAGAAAUAUACUGAACAAUUCUUACGAGCAAGGGUUUCAAAUUCAUCAUUUUGCGAUCGAAAAAAUCCCAGGAGUUCAAUUCAUCCCCCGACUGCAUCAAGUCUUUGUUAUAGAUAUGGAAACAUCUAGCGGCAAUGCGAUCGUUGUGCCAGAUUCUCCAAGUGAUUCAUCCAUUUCACUAGACAAGAAGCGGAAAAAGUUGGUUCUACAUCACCAUUCACGAUUACUUAAAGGUAAAGAGCCAGUUACUUUACGAGCUGUUAGUCGUGCAAAUGAAAUUGACGUUAAAAUGCUGAUAUGUGCAGACAAUACAACAUCAUCCCAUAAGAAAUAUUCUAAGGGUAGUGGCAGAGUUACGCAGACAUCCAACCGAUGUUCGGAUGUCAUUCUAAUAGAUGAUGCGCCUGGUUCAGUGCUUGUUGCGUCAAACAAUACUGCUGGUGUUGAGAAGCAUGAACGAAAAUCUAAAGCUCUAUCAUUGACUACACGAACAACACUUGCGUCCUUCUAUGAUUCGUUGAAGAAACUAAAUCCCACCCAGAAAGCUGAAGUUAGAGACACAGGUUUUGGGAACAUACUUGAAUUAAAGGUUAAGGAGCUACCUGGUCGUAUGGCAUACUGGGCCUUGAAGUUAGGGCCUAACACACUUAAUACUACAUUAAAAGUUCUAUUAUUCUUUUUAUUUUUUGAUUUGAUGUGGUUAUAAUGUAUGCAGUGGCAAUGUCCUUUUCAUGUUCAAGGACUUAGAGUUAUGUAGAUUCGAUUUGGUUUCACUUUGAAUAGGCAGUGUGGUGCAACCGUCGGUGGUUAAUGCAUGGUCAAUUAUCUUAAACCACGUUUCUAUAAGGGCAUCUUCCAAUAAAUCAGUUCGUUUCUUUGCUUCAACAGACAUAUAUAUAAAUUGCAUAUCCCAGCCUGGAAUGUCGUAUGUAUCACGGCAGAGAGCCAUUUUUGGUGCAUUGGAUCGUGAGUUGCAACUAUAUCAGACAAAUGAUCUCGGCUAUAUUGACAUGAGAUCACUACUGUCGGAGUUUCUAAACAACAACAGGGAAGAUCCGAGUUCGGCAUCAGUUGCAAAAUCAACUAUAGAGGUUGUGGACCUGAAAUGGGCGGACAGUAUGAAUACAAUAGAUGAUGUGUUGUAUGUCAUGAGGCAUAUGGAGACGUUCGACGGAGAUACAUCUGUGAAUUGGAAUAUUGGAUUACUGAAUGCAACUCACCACCACCUAGGGAUACUGAGGAUGAGAUACUGUACAACGAUAGUAUCGUGGGAACAUAACAAGUACAAGGAUGAUGGUUUGAGAGACUCGGCUGCAACGUAUAGGGCUGUUAUAGCUGUGAAUUCUACAAGAUUUGAUAGAGUUCUUGCAGGGUGAUAUCAGAUAUACCUCGGAGUAUUUUUUGAGAUAUGUUAUUUACUUUAGACAUUGAGUGUUUGACAUUU